AUGGCUGAAUUGUUGUCGGUACAAAUUCAAGUGCCACUUGUGAGAGGUGAGAAUGGACAGCUGGUGGAGAGGAAUGAUGUUCCCUCCCUUUCCCAGCAGUCUGGUGUCAGUCUGCCUCGUCUGAAGAAGGUCGACAAUCGUGACGUCAUCACAUUCGUGCCCUCUGCAUUCAGUCAACUGCCGAAAAUUAAAGCCAUUGAUAUCGAGUUCAAAGAUUUGACCUACUCAGUGAAGGAGGGUCGUAAAAAAGGUUUCAAAACAAUCUUGAAAAGUGUGUCGGGCAAGAUUAGGUCAGGCAAUUUGACGGUCAUCAUGGGACCGAGUGGUGCCGGCAAGUCCUCCCUCAUGAACAUUCUUGCCGGCUACAGAACCAAUUCAGUCGAAGGCGAAAUAACAGUGAAUGGAAAAGAUAGAGAUCCUCGAACAUUCCGCAAGAUGUCCUGCUACAUCAUGCAAGAUGAUAAUCUCCUCCCCCAUCUCAGCGUCAAGGAAGCCAUGAUGUGUGCUGCCAACUUGAAACUCACCGAAAAAAUGGGCAAGCAUGAAAAGCAGGCCAUUGUAGAAGAGAUAUUGGAGACACUAGGGUUGUUGGACAGUUUGAACACAAGAACAGAAAAGUUGUCAGGAGGUCAGAGGAAGAGGCUGUCCAUAGCUCUGGAACUUGUCAACAAUCCACCCGUCAUGUUCUUUGAUGAACCAACCAGUGGGUUGGACAGCCAGUCGUGCUUCCAGUGUAUAAGUUUGUUGAAGUCCCUGGCUCUGGGAGGCAGAACAAUCAUCUGCACCAUCCAUCAACCGAGUGCCAAACUGUUUGAGAUGUUUGACAAGCUGUACAUGUUGGCAGAGGGACAGUGCAUCUACAAUGGAAACAUCCCUGGACUUGUACCAUCCCUCGCAUCCCAGGGCCUCAACUGCCCAUCCUACCACAACCCCGCAGAUUAUGUGAUGGAGGUGUCGUGUGGUGAGUACGGAGAUGUCAUCCCCAGGCUGGUCAUGGCCGUGAGGGAGGGCAAGUUCAAGAAGUACCAACGAAUCGACAAGAGGAUCUCGUUGAAGGCAUGUAUGUUUAUUAUGCAGUCUUCCUAUGAAUACGAGUGCCACACCUUCGCCACCAGUUGCUUCACGCAGUUCAGAGUCCUCUUCAUACGCACGUUCAUAUCCAUUAUGCGAGAUGCUACGUUAACUCGACUUCGCCUGUUCUCACACGUGGUCAUCGGCAUCCUCAUCGGUCUGCUCUACCUCAACAUCGGCAACGAGUCCUCGAAGGCCUACAACAAUGCCGGCUGUCUCUUCUUCUGCAUGCUCUUCCUCAUGUUCACCGCUCUCAUGCCCACUGUCCUCACCUUCCCGAUCGAAAUGGGUGUGUUCAUUAGGGAACAUUUGAAUUAUUGGUACAGUCUGAAAGCUUAUUACCUGGCCAAGACCUUAGCCGAUUUGCCAUUCCAGAUCAUCUUUCCAAUCAUAUACUGCAGCUUUGUUUACUGGAUGACCAACCAACCUAAUGAUUUCUUCAGGUUCUCGAUGUUCCUGUUGUUGUCAGUGCUUGCCUCGCUGGUUGCUCAAUCGCUUGGUUUGCUGGUUGGAGCGGGAACAUCACUACAGGUGGCCGUGUUUCUCGGGCCCGUGACAGCCAUACCCGUUCUUCUCUUCAGCGGCUUCUUCGUCAACUUCGAAACUAUGCCCAAGUACCUGCAAUGGCUCUCCUACAUCUCAUACAUCAGGUACUCCUUCGAAGGCACCUUACUAGCAAUAUAUGGAUUCGAUCGAGAGCCUCUGAACUGCAACAAGGACGACACCUUCAUGUGCCACUUCAAGGACCCGAAAAACAUUCUGAAGGAGUUGGAUGUGGAGAACGCCAACCUGACCAUCGACAUUGUCAUUCUCUGCGUCAUAUUUCUUUUGUUGCGAGUCGGCUGCUACGUAGUUUUGAGAUGGAGGGUUAAAGUUCAUUGA